GGUAUCCGACCUUUCCGGUGCCCGACACCCGGUUGUGGUAAAGCGUUUGCCAGCAAAACAACGCUCGAUCAGCACCAGAGGGUUGUCCACAAUCGCAACGCCGGCCCUAAAGUUGGCCGCAAAACCGAUUCAAAGCCUAAGGAGUUUCGGUGCGAUUACGACGACUGCCUCUACGCGACCACUAGUGGUCAGAAUUUGGCGAAACACCAGAAACGGCAUCGAAUGGACCGACGGUUUGUCUGUCCCGUUGCCGACUGCGCGAAGCGUUUUGUCACCCGUUAUGACCUCAAGUGCCAUAUGAUUAGUCACAGCACUGAACGGCCGUUUCGGUGCGAUUGGCCCGCGUGUGGGGCGGCGUUCAAAGUGAGGCCACAGUUGGAGUGUCACCGGCGCACACACACCGGUGUUCGCGAGUUUGUCUGUCCGCACGUCGGGUGCGGCAAAAGUUUUGUGACCAAA